UUUGUAGAAAACAAAAAAAAGAGUUUCAGAAAUCAAAAAAAAAAUCUAAGAAUCGUUGCCGUCUCCACAAGCAAGAAGCCUCUCAGUUCUCACAGCGAAGAUGCCUACAGUAAGCGUGAAGUGGCAAAAGAAGGUGUUCGAUGGUAUCGAGAUUGACAUUACUCUGCCUGCUUAUGUUUUCAAGGCUCAGUUGUAUGAUUUGACUGGAGUUCCACCUGAGCGUCAAAAGAUUAUGGUCAAAGGUGGUCUCUUAAAGGAUGAUGCAGAUUGGUCUGCUAUUGGAGUGAAAGAUGGUCAAAAGUUGAUGAUGAUGGGAACUGCAGAUGAAAUAGUUAAAGCUCCUGAGAAGGCCAUCGUUUUUGCUGAGGAUCUACCUGAAGAAGCGCUAGCCACUAAUCUGGGUUACAGUGCUGGCCUUGUCAAUCUUGGCAACACGUGUUACAUGAACUCCACAGUGCAGUGCUUAAAAUCUGUCCCCGAGUUAAAAUCUGCAUUAUCCAACUACUCACUUGCUGCACGAAGCACUGAUGUCGACCAGACUUCUCACAUGCUCACUGUUGCCACACGUGAGUUAUUUGGUGAGCUUGAUAGAAGUGUCAAUGCUGUUUCGCCUACACAGUUCUGGAUGGUGUUACGUAAAAAAUACCCUCAGUUUAGUCAGCUGCAGAAUGGAAUUUACAUGCAACAGGAUGCUGAAGAAUGUUGGACACAACUGUUAUACACACUUUCUCAAUCUCUAAAAGCACCAACUUCCAGUGAAGAUCCUGAUGCUGUGAAAGCACUUUUUGGUGUCAAUCUUCGGAGCAGGUUGCAUUGUCAAGAAAGUGGCGAAGAAAGCUCAGAGACAGAAUCUGUAUAUUCUCUAAAAUGUCAUAUUUCACAUGAGGUGAACCAUUUGCAUGAAGGAUUAAAACAUGGAUUGAAAGGAGAACUUGAAAAAACAUCUCCUACUCUGGGCCGUACUGCUCUUUACCUCAAGGAUUCACUUAUAGAUUCCUUGCCAAGGUACUUGACCGUUCAGUUUGUGCGGUUCUUCUGGAAAAGGGAGACUAAUCAGAAAGCAAAGAUUCUCAGGAAAGUGGAUUAUCCGUUGGAGUUGGAUAUAUUUGACCUUUGUUCUGAGGAUCUCCGGAAGAAACUGGAAGCUCCUCGCCAGAAACUUAGAGAUGAGGAAGGUAAAAAGCUUGGUCUGCAAACUAGUGCUAAGAGUGGCUCAAAGGACAGCGAUGUGAAAAUGACUGAUGCUGAGGCGUCAUCAAAUGGUAGUGGAGAAUCUUCCACAGUAAACCAACAGGAAGGUGCUUCUUCUGGGAAGGAAACUCACAUGACUGGAAUCUAUGACUUGGUCGCUGUGUUGACCCAUAAGGGUAGGAGUGCAGACUCUGGCCAUUAUGUUGCAUGGGUCAAGCAAGAGAGUGGCAAAUGGAUUCAAUAUGAUGAUGACAACCCGAGCAUGCAACGGGAGGAAGACAUCACUAAGCUAUCUGGAGGAGGUGAUUGGCAUAUGGCGUACAUCAUAAUGUACAAAGCCCGCUUUGUCUCCAUGUAAUCUCUCUCUUUUCUUUUGUUGAUUUUAGUUCUUGAAACAUUCAGAUCAUUAAGAAGCUUAUGUAGACCACCUCAGAAAUUGUAAGUUCUUUUAAAAUGUUACAAGCUGGAUUUUGUCGCUAUAUUAUUAAGACAUUUAUUUUACCUUAUGAUGACUCUUGGUCAA